CGGAAGCAAAGCUGGUCUCUUUAUUACGGGUUUCCUAUGCUUUGCUAUGUUAUAAAACUAUUUGUUGUAUUCCAUAAAGCGUUUCCAACCAACAUUGUUUGACCACCCUUCAUUUUUUCCUCGUUUAGUGGGUAUGGCGAUAUGAGAUUGGAUGCAGAUUGACGUUUUUACAGGACUGAACGAAACCUGGAUGGGCAUUUUCUUCAUUCAACCACCUCGAAAGCUUUUUGGUCAAUUUAAAACCGAAACAUUGAACGGUUUUCAGACAUUCUUGCGAAUGUAUUUUAGUACAGUUAUUUGGACUUUACUUCAAAGAAACAUAAGCGUAAGUUGCUUAUUAAAUGUGUUGACAUUGAUACUGAGCAAAUGGUAGCUAGCUAACAUUUGCGACUACAUUAGCUCAGUGAGCGACUUUCGCCCGAAUAAAGAAGGGGAGGUCCACUGGACGGAGAGGAAAAACUCAAAGCAGAGCAUUUUAAUUAAAGGAGAAUACGAAGAUAUGACAGCGAAAGGACACGAAGAAUGUUUCAGAAUAAAGAAAAAGGAAACGUAAUUAUCGAGUAGCACGCUAAAAGAAGAAUAAAGUACACUUUGAAGUGAAAGAGGAAGAGCUGAUUAAGGUUUUCUCAGUGGAAAAGGGACAAGCUUUCAGAAUGGAUGAUGUUACAGUUGAAGAGAAAUACAUGUUUCGGUUGCAAGAGGGGAGAGGGACUAUCCCAACGAAAGAGGAGGAUGGCGAUUUGGGAAUAAAAGUGAAUGAGGAGGCAAUCACAUUUGUUACAGUGAAGGAGGAGAAAGAUACUUUUGCAGAGAAUCAGGAGGAAUACGUUUUAAAAGUGAAGGAAGAAGAAAUAGAGGAGGAAACUCUAAUUAACGGCCCAGGAUCCUCUGAAGAGCCUCAACAACAUCCUUAUGCUGCCAUGGCAGAGAAGUGUUACUCAAGAUCAGAAGACCACAUGGACAUUACUAGCCUUCCUCCGGGUCUUGUGUCUCCUGACAACACCUUACUGCUGGUUCUGAAGAGGGUGUCUGUGCGGCUGGUCGAUUGCAGGAAAACAUGGAGGAUGAGUUCAACUGAGAUAGAAGACAAGAAAGAAGUAGACAUAAUCCUGCAAAAAGCGAGUCAGGACUCAGAGCAGCCAGAGACGUCCCAACCAACAAAACCACACUACUGCUCUCACUGUGGAAUGAGUUUUACCAAGUUAAAGAACCUAAAAAAGCAUGAGAGAAUGCACACUGGGGAGAAGGCUUUCCACUGCUCUGUGUGUGCAAAGGGUUUUACCAAUUUAGCAUCCCUGAAAAGACACGAGAGGAGGCACACAGGAGGGAAACCCCUUCACUGUUUCCAGUGUGGCAAAAGAUUUGCCCAGUUAAGUGAACUGAGAAAACAUGAGAGAACACACACAGGAGAGAGAAAACACACAGGGGAAAACCCAUUUAACUGCCCCCAGUGCGGAAAAUGUUUUACCAAGUUAAAGAAUUUAAAAGCACAUGAGCGAAUACACACAGUGGAGAAGCCUUUCCAUUGCAGCCAAUGCACAAAGAGAUUUAUCUGUUUGAUUAGACUGAAAAGACAUCAGUGGACGCACAUUAGAGAUAAGCCUCAUCUCUGCUCCCAGUGUGGGAAGAGUUUUAUUUUGUUAAGACAGCUUGAGAAACACGAGAGAACACACACAGGAGAGAAGCCUUUCCACUGCUCCUUGUGUGGGAAGAGUUUUUCAGACUCCGAAAACCUGAAAAAACAUAUGAGGAGACAUACGGACGAGAGGCCUUUUAACUGCUCUCAAUGUGGCAAGUGUUUCACGUUGGUAGAAAAUUUAAAAGCCCAUGAGCGAAUACACACAGGCAAAAAGCCUUAUUACUGCUUCCAAUGUGAAAAGAGAUUUUCCUCAUCAGGGGGACUGAAGUCACACAAGAAGACUCACUCAGGAGAGAAGCCUUUCAAAUGUUCCUAUUGUGGAAGGACAUUUUCCUGGUUAGCGAGUCUGAAAAGACAUGAGAGGACACACACAGGAGAGAAAUCUUAUAACUGCUCCCAAUGUGGUAAGAGUUUUACCCGGUUAGGGUCCUUGAAAAUGCAUGAGAUAAUACACACAGGGGAAACGCGAAAGAAGCCUUUCCAUUGCUCUCUUUGUGCAAAGAGUUUUACAGAGUCAGGCAACUUGAAAAGGCACGAGAGGACGCACACAGGAGAAAAGCCUUUUCACUGUGCUCAAUGCAGGAAGAGUUUUACCUUGUUAGCUAACCUGAAAGGGCAUGAGCGAAUACACACAGGUGAGAAGCCUUACCAAUGCUCCCAAUGCAGAAAGAGUUUCACAUUGUUAGGAAACCUGAAAAAGCAUGAGCGAAUACACACCGGUGAGAAGCCUUACCAAUGCUCAGAUUGUGGGAAGGCAUAUUCUUCAUCACAGUCACUUAAAAGUCACAUGAGAAUCCACACCGGAAAGAAGCCAUAAUAUUUUACAUGUAAGUAAUUUCACAGAUGCUGUGAAUGUCUAGGUGGGACAACCAGUAGUAGUAGUUGUAGUAGUAGUAGUAGUGCACCUUACUCUGUGAACUUGCAAUGAGCCAAGUGAUGUAAAGGAAAGGAGGAAAAUAAAUAAUUGCCAGCACUAGUUCAUGCCAUCUGUGGGGUGGUGUGUGUCAAGUCACCUCUCGUUUAGUGACCAAAGCAAAUAAAAACAAUUGAAGUACAAAAGAGAACCAUAAAUGUUUUUACAUUAAACAGAAAUCGUUAAUUGAGAAACUGAUUCUAAAAUGACAAAUUGUAUUGUUGUCGAUAAACAGAUUCAAUGUACAUACUCCCUCAAUAAAUGUUUUUUUUUUUGUUCCAUUUAAAACUGCGUUUAAUGUUGUCCUUGACAAACGCGGAUAGUCAAGUGCUAUUUGCAUAUGAACAUUUUCUCCAUCCAUUUCUGACAGUUCUCUAGUGGAUUAAUUACAGUGAGGGAAAAAAAUAUUU